CCCCGCCCCAUCUCUUCCCAUCCAGUUCCAUCCCUUCCCCUGAACAUGCCGUGUCUUUGCUCCUCCCUCCCACCCUCCUGCUCACCGCAAAACAGCUGUUAGCAGUGGGCAGGAGGUGCUGGGAGGAAGGGAGAGGCGCUGAUCCAUGGGGCAUGCUGGCAGGCAGGAGGCACUGGGGAGGUGGAGGAAAGCUAAUAGGGGAGCUGCCAGUGGGUGUUCAGGGGGGAGGGAUAGCUCAGUGGUUUGAGCAUCAGCCUGCUAAGCCCAGGGUUGUGAGUUCAGCCCACAAGGGGGCCAUUUAGGGAAUUGGCAUAAAAAUCUGUCUGGGGAUUGGUCCUGCUUUGAGGAGGGGGUUGGACUAGAUGACCUCAUGAAGUCCCUUUCAACCCUGAUAUUCUAUGAUUUUUUCCCUGUUGGGUGCUCCAACCCUGGCACCUAUGGUCUACUAGGAAUAAGAAAUUGUCACCGAUCAGGGAUAAGCCAGGUCACAGAUAUCAGACUUCCUCACGUUUUCUAGGUCUCAAUGAAGUCUUGGUUAGGUACAAAAUGAUAUUUUCAGAAAAUUUGAACUCUUAAUUUGAAUGCUUUUCUCUCUUGUAAGCAAUGAGGCUUGGGUUUAAUUGGGCUGAGUGGUCAUUUUUAAGUAUAGGAAGAUUCCAGAAGAGGAAGAGAUUUUUGGAAUGGAGGAUGCUAAUUUUAUUUUGGUUUAUCUUCACAUGGAAUUAAACCAUAGAACUUAUCUUGAACUUUCAAUUUAAGAUUUCAUAUCAUGUAUUGUGCAACUGAAUGUCUUUGUGAUUAUAAUCUUGCAAAUAGCACUGAAACCACCACAGGGAUAUUUAUUUUUCCGGGUAAUGGUAUUCUGUUUGCUUUCCAGACUAGAUUGUGACUUGAACUACAUGCCUGCACAAGGAGUAGGCUGUCUGAUCACUGGAUGCCACUGGCCACAGGCUCCCUAAAAGAAAAGCCACAGAAGCCUGCAUUCAGACCUGCAGGAUUUAUGGAUCCAUAAUCAUUCACGUCACAGACUCAGGGAGCCGGGGCUGAAACAGGAUAAUAGCCUUUAAAUCCCCUUCUCUAAGCAUUCAGAUCUUCCCUGUCAGCAAGAUUAAAGCGGUCAACAGCAGUCCCCAUGUGUCUGUAUCCCAGCCUGAGCUUUAACAACAACUGGAGGUGGUGGCUGGACAGUAGAGAAAUGUGAAACUGCAGCUGUGUUUGAUGCUCCAGAGGGAAAGAAAGAAGCAUUGUUUGUCUCAGUGGUGGUGGCAGUGGGGAUUGGUGUUCGUGGAGGCAAAGGAAGGAGAGGAGGAGGAGGAGGAGAGAGAAGCAUCAUGUUGAAGUUUAACCAAAGGAGACUGUUCCCAUUCUCAGACUGUAAAGGAAGGGAAAGAGCUGCAACAAAUACUGUUCCCACAGAAACCAAUGCGGGAGAGGAGAAAGAAAUAAUGCGCUCACAGAUGAAGGGUGGGGUUUCUGCUACUGCUCCAUGGGCCUCUCAGUCUGUGCUACCUGUGGGAACUGAGGGGAACUACCACUAUUAUGUGGAUGAGGAGGAGGAGGAGGAAGAAGAAGAGGAAGAUGAAAGGCAACAGCAAAAUCCCUCUCAGGAGGGAAGCAAGUUCUCAACACCCUUUCCCAACCCCCCUGCCUUCUCCUCCAGAACAGCAGCGUCUGCUUCUUCUAUGCUGAACAUAAAUGUAGGUGGCAAAAGUUACCGCCUCACCUACCAGGCAGUGGCCAUCUACCCCAAGACCCGUCUGGGCCGCUUGGCCACCUCUACCGAUCGCCGUCGCCAGCUGGGUCUGUGCGAUGACUAUGCAGUUCAGGGGGAUGAGUACUUCUUUGAUCGGGACCCGGCUGUCUUCCAGCUGGUCUACAACUUUUACGCCUCUGGGGUGCUGCGGGUGCGAGAUGAGCAGUGCCCACUCAGCUUCCUGGAGGAGCUGAGCUACUGGGGGGUGCGGCUCAAAUAUACGCCGCGCUGCUGCCGCAUCUGCUUCGAGGAGCGGCGUGAUGAGCUGAGCGAGCAGCUGAAGGUGCAGCGGGAACUGCGUGCCCAAGCAGAGUCCCAGGAGAGCGAGCAGCUCUUCCACCACAUGCGCUACUAUGGCCCCCAGCGCUGGCGCCUCUGGAACCUAAUGGAGAAGCCCUUCUCCUCUGUCAGUGCCAAGGCUAUGGGGGUGGCCUCCAGCCUUUUUGUACUCGUCUCUGUGGUGGCACUGGCUCUCAACACCGUGGAGGAGAUGCAGCAGGUGGACAGGAAAAGCGGAGAGAGUCGCCCUAUGCUGGAGCACGUUGAGACGCUGUGCAUCGCCUUUUUCACCCUGGAGUAUCUGCUGCGGCUGGUCUCCACCCCAGACCUGCGCCGCUUCGCGAGCAGCCCCCUCAAUGCCGUGGAUCUCAUUGCCAUCCUCCCACUUUACCUCCAGCUGCUGCUGGAGUGCUUUGCCGACGAUGACCAGCCUCGGGGCCGGGGCUCUCAGCACGAGCAUGACAUUGAGAAGGUGGGACGGGUGAGCAAAGUAGGGCAAGUGCUGCGCAUCAUGCGCCUGAUGCGGAUCUUCCGCAUCCUCAAGCUGGCCCGGCACUCCACAGGCCUGCGCGCCUUCGGCUUUACCCUGCGCCAGUGCUACCAACAGGUGGGCUGCCUCUUGCUCUUCAUUGCCAUGGGCAUCUUCGCCUUCUCCGCCAUGGUCUACUCUGUGGAGCACGACAUCUCCAGCACCAACUUCACCAGCAUCCCCCAUGCGUGGUGGUGGGCUGCUGUCAGCAUCUCUACAGUGGGCUAUGGUGACAUGUGUCCAGAAACUCACCUCGGGUGCCUGUUUGCUUUCCUCUGCAUUGCUUUUGGAAUAAUUCUGAAUGGAAUGCCCAUCUCCAUCCUCUAUAAUAAAUUCUCAGACUAUUACAGCAAACUGAAAGCCUAUGAGUAUACAGCUGUAAGGAAGGAAAGAGGCAAGAUUGACUUUACACGAAGAGCCAGGAAGAAAAUGUCCGAGUGCUGUGGAGAAGGCCCAUUAUUUACCAAGAUCUAGAUACAAUUAAUGCUCCAGGAAAUAUAAAGGGACAGAGGAGCAGAAGGGGAAAGCAGAGAAAACAUUAUUACAACGGAUCACCCAAGUCAAAUAAAGAUAAAGCAACAGCUCUAAAAGGAAUAAGAAAAUACUGAAAGCGAAUCUCAAGCUUUUGUCUUUUAAAAAAAUUACAGCUCUAUUUUACUACAGUUUCUUCUCACCUUUUUGCUGGUGCUCAUUAUUAGAGCAGCAAUGCGCCUGGUUUAUAUGUGUGACGCCAGUAUCGAUGGCGCUCGAUGAAUUAGCCAGCCAGAGACUCUGAGUUGUACAGCUGACUCAGGGCUGUAAUGCCAUGCCCAAUAUACAUCCUACAGUAAUGACCCACCAUGGCCAAACCAAAGGAAACUGAGCAAUAUAUUGCUACUCAGCAAUAGGCAGGAUGACUCUUAACCUCAAAAAUUAAACAGAUGUAGAAGGGGGAAAGGCAAUAUAUUGCUUUGCUGUGCAGAAAUAGGUUAGGUAUUAGGCUUUUAAACAUGGAGAGGACACAGAUAGUAUGUACCCGCUAUAGCUACAUCAGUUGCUUUCACAUAUAAACAACAUCUUUCUUAGGUUUUUGGACAUUAUUUGUGCUAUAACACAUAGUUCAUGGUUCGAUUUGCCAAUAUUAUUUUUUAAUGCAGCCUUGCAAAAUUGUACUUGCUUCCUUGCUCAGAGCGAGUAACUUUAGGUGUGAGGAAAAUGUUGAUUUUAUUCUUUUUGGUUUUGUUUUUUCAAUUAAUAUCCUCCAUAAUGGCAAAGAACUGGUGAGUAAGUUUGGGUAAAUGUUUGUGAUAUAUUUCUAAGCCCAUUUUAAUGCAAAAAUCUGUUUAAGAAUGCAGAUGUAAACUAAAUGUACUUUAUAUGAGCAACAGUGUUUAAUGUGAAUAUCUUCUAUUAGUGUGUUAAGAACAAUAUGGGUUAGUUGUGGUUCAGAUCUAAGUUAAAAUAAAGUUCUC